UAUGAGAGGGGAGUCGUGAACUUUCAUACGUUGAACCAGGAAGUUGGACAGGGAAAUAUUCAUCAGUUUUUUUUAAGGAUGUGCACCAGUUCCACUUUCCUGAUUGAAAACAGAAGAAUAUGUCGAUCAUGGCAGUCAAGUCUGUAAUCUCGGCAUACACCAGAGUGAAGUGUUUGUAUGUAGCUGAUACCUUCUGCUAGUGGGACAGACAAUAACAUUCAAUCAACAUGGAGAAUGUAGAGGAUUUGUUUGAUCUGAGUAUCCUGUACACUCAAGAUGCAAUACAGUGGUGUGAAUAUCUCUUUGACAUCUUCAAGGAUUACGACAUCCAGCAGAACUCAGAAGACGUCUUAGACAUCAUCCACAAUCCCUCAGGUCUGGAGAACGUCAAGAACUCAAUGAUGAAUGUCGUCAUCAUCUCCCCGAUGUUCCUCCGCAAGUGUGACCCUAAGAUUGAGGAGUACGUCCAUCACGUUGUCGGUCUCCUCUGUGGUGUAGUAGAGUCGGACUUGGACGAGCUUUUCGAAAUGAUUCCCUCUGCCAAAAACUGGACCCAGGUUGACGCCAGAGCAGGUGGAAACGAAAUCACUAGUAUGGUCUUGAAAGUUUUUGGAGACGCAGGGAAGGAGAGAAUGCCCAUUGAGACGGAAGAUACCUACCUCACGAUGGUCGGGGAUGUCAACUCAGAGGUUCAGGGCGACUAUGAAGACAUGAGGGUUAAGGAAGAGCCCCAUGAAAUGGAGAAUACGUACUAUAUCCGGGGCCCCGCCCCAGAGGAGGAUUAUGAGCCAAUGAAGCCACUUGCCCCACCUGGCGGACAUGUUUUUCAACCAGUGAAAGACUACGUGGAUAUGAGAGGAGUCAAAAACAUGUCACAUUGCAGUCCUGGUCUAAAUAUCCAACCUGAAGCAGCUACAAGUGGGGAAGGUGGAGUGCUCUUUGUUAUUUUCCAAGAUGAUCUCAUCAGUAUGAAGAAACAGGACCUGUACGUUGUCAGCUUCAACGGUAAACUCAGGAAAAACGAAGUCCCUGCAAGCAAGAAAAAUCCCUACACAUUAGAGAUUCAACUGCCAAAAGAUCACCCAGCCGAAAUAGUCGAUUGCCAAGUCAUGAGUCCAAGCAGAGCAUUAAUGGGCACUUUCAAGUUCCAUUUUAAGAGCGUCAUGGAUGACCUCACCCUGGCUCUACUCAAUAUCACCGAUCCGAUGAAGUUCAUGUGCCAAGCGCUUGGCAUAUCCCCAGCGGAUUCUAACGAGCUUGAUAACAUACUCUUUGAGCACAUCCAGCAUCGUGUACCCCAGGGAGGGCUGAACCUACUGGUUAGCCAAGUGGGCGCUGAGCAGACUUCGAUUUUAGAAGUGCCUACAGCUCUACAUUUUGCUGCCAUGCAUGGACUGAAAAGCAUGUGUUUCAUGUUGUCAACUUGUCCCGGAGCAUUACAGGCCAUGAAGUUGAAGAAUCGGAACGGCUUAACCCCAGAUGGUCUGGCAGCAAAGAACGGCCACAGUGAUCUCUGUAGCUUGCUCGAGAGUUUCGUGGACGGUGCAGAAGAUGAGGGGAUUCAGACCGAGGGAAGUGGACCGACUUCUUCCUAUUUAUUUAUCAAAUCGGGCUUCGGAAAUUCACCUUACUACAAAAAUGAGGACUUCUUACAACAAGUGCGAGAGCAAACUUCAAAUUACGACUCGCCAUUUAAGGUUCCUAUACCAGCUGACUACGACACGAUAAAGCAGCUUAUGGAAGGUGAAAGAGAGGACAUCGAAGACUUUUACGACAGCCUAACCCUUGACUUGAGAAGCUUUGAACGAGAUCCAGAUCCUGAAGAAGAUUAUGAAGAAGUCCUUGAUGAGAUGGGGAACAGACGUCGCUCGACUAAAAAAACAAUUUCCCGUCGACCCCAAUUGAAACAACCGUCAGUGGAAAACAUUGAAAGCCCUACAGGAACAACUCCAAUAAAACACCUUUUGGAGGAAAAAGCUAAAAGCACCGCUGUUACAACUCCAGUGGAGCAGAAAGCUUCGUUUGAAAUAGAUGCCAGUGUUCCGGAACUGCCUCCAACAAAGAAAGUUUUGAAUGUGCCUGGAGUAGGAGCUGAACAACAGACACUAAUCGAUCUCCAGAACAGUUUCAAAAAUAAUAAAAUCACAUUAGAUGAGGCAGUCACAAUGUUCAGCAACUUUAACCUAAUUCAACAAAGCAACCUACCCUUCCUGUCACAACCCGAAAAAACGCACAAAAAGGACAUAAAGACUGGUGGGUUGAAGAGUUUCCUCUCAAAGAAACAGCCUAAAAAAGGUGGGGUCAGUGAGCAACACAUCAGUCAGUCCAUAGUUUACUCGGCUACAUCACCCGCUGUAAAGAUUGCCUCACUCGCAGCGUCAACCUGUACACACGCAUUGGGUUCAACGCCGACAAUUUCCCAAAAAUUCCAGGAUAAGUCGACAUCUGAGCUCACAACUUGUAAAAACCGGCCCAUAAGCACAGCCAGUACAACAAGCUCUAGCUCUAGAGGGAGUGUCCUGAGCAUCUCAGAUCGAGACAGCUCUUACAGCUCUUACAGCUCAACGAUUGAGGAGGUUGAGCAAGAUAAGAAUCAGCCUGUGUUGAGGAAGCAGGAAAGGAUGAAUGAGAGAUCAACAAGUCAACAAGAAAGGCUUAAGAGACUUUCUGUAAUUCAAGACUUCUCCCUUGACUACAUUCAGAAGCCAGUGCCGCCAAUACCUGGUCGUUCCCCACAGAAGAUCCCCCAAUCACUGCAGGAUCUCCCCAAGCCUGUUCCACCCAUACCUAGUCCAGAUUACAGUAGCUACAGGAUACCGGUGAAUAGGGAACCUGCGAGCAGUGUUCAGCAGCAGCAGAAGCAACAGCAGCGGGACCAGCAGGCGGGCUAUUUUGAGUUCAUUGAUCCGAUCAUUGACAAGACUCCUGGAGACUUACCGGCAUUACCUCCCCCACCUGUCCCGAGUCCAGAGGUUUUCAAACGUCCUGAAAGAAUCUCAGAUUCGUCUUUGACCCCAAUGUCACCCGGGCCUCCAAUCAAUCUUGCAGCAAUUAUAGCAGGAAAGAGUCAACUAAAGCAAGACGCCCCAAUAACUCCCAAGAAACCUGGUCAAAAACCUGUCCCAAGGCCACGUGCACCGAAGAAGGAUUAAAGCAAGAAAAGUGCAUGGUAACUAUGGCUGAGUUCAGGCGGUGUGUUCUUGUCCCGAGUUCGUUGUUUGCACGCCCGAACAAAAUGGCACUACAUCAUCGAGGAAAGACACAUGGACAGGGAUACUACGCGUUCUUGAGCAUCCAAACAAACUAAAGUCGUUGCUAGAGUCACUCUUUUCUCAAAGAGAAACCGGUAAGAAGUCCGUAUUUAAUAUAAAAUAGUGCAGAGCAAAUCUGCAAAUAAAAAUGUGCUCUGAACAAAAUGACGUUAUUUAUUAGCCCAAUUCAACUGUCAGCAUCCCAACAAUAAUUUGUUGAAUGCUUGAUUGUACAGUCCAACACAUUUCAAUUUUCAAAGGCAGAAGGUUUUAUAACAAAUGCAUUUCAAAACAAAAUUCCUUGAAGUGUGGUGCAUUAAGAUUAUCUAGUAACAUUCCAAACAGUGACCGUUACCCAAGACAUUAUAAGACAUCCCAAACUGUUUUGUACUGUGACAAAAUUCAGGAGUGAAGUGUACUUAAUUGGCAUUUUUGUAAACUAUUUUUGCAGAUAUUUAAUGUUCUUUUAUUUUGUAAGAUUGUAUAGUACCCUGGUUGUACAGGGCAUGACAGUUUGAAUAUACAGAAUCUACUUGACUAAUCAGAAUUUAUUUUUUGAAGCAAAGAUGUAAAAAAUUUAUUGAUGAUAUUUUUGAUUGAAGCAGUGAUAUAAAGGCUUGGUGUAGUUGCAAGGUAAAAAGCUACAUGGUUUUAAACAGUCUGUAUAAUAUUUUAGUCAAGGGAGGUUUCUCGUUGAAAGUCUGUUCAGCAACUUAAUAAGGAUUGAGGCGCAGUGCCUUAACGGUAACAUAUAUCAUUUGUUAUUUAAACCGUGCGAUUGUUUUAUUCCGAUAUAAAUGUAGAUAUAUAUGAACAUUUAAACUGACAUGUUAAAAUAUUUUAAACAGUUGUAGCAUUUUUGAGAAAUUCGCCGAAAUCCAGAGCGGUUGUGUCCACGCAAGAACAAUAAUCCAAAAUUGGAAUACACAAUCUGCAGAAUGUAUCUGACAGAAAUGUUUCUCAGAUUCAAGUUAUGGAGAUCAAAACUGAUAUAUUUUUCCAUAACCACAUAACUUCAAAGUGAAAAGACUCUCACAAUGCAUUAUACUAUCCAAAUCUAAAGCUGUUGUAUUUCCAUCCGAAGCAAGUUGUUAUUUCUACUCUGCGCGAGACUACUACUCUCAGGACUACUGUCUCGUUAAAGGAGAAUUAGAAGUCUCAAGAGUAGUAGUCUUGCACAGAGCAGCAGUAUCUCGAGAUAGUCAUAAAAAACCUGUUUCGUUUUAUCUCCGCACAAGACAAGUUUUUAUUGCAAUUAGUUUUAAGAGUGACGACCAAAGGAAUACCUUCCCUUUAAAUGGUGGAGACUAAUGCAAGGUGCUCCAGACCUAUGUACAGGGAAGCUUAAUCAAUGAUGCACACUAUUAUUAUCUGAUAAUUGAUUAGAACAUUUUAAGGGGACUGUGAGAUCAAGACCGCCACCAUGGAGGUCAAUAAUUCGGUUUAUCCGAGACCUGUCGUGUUUUAGAGAAAAUUA